UGACAUGCACGACAGAUCGAGGUUCGAAGUGAUCUGUUUCUCGCUGUCCAAGAACGACGAGUCGGAGUACUUCAAGAAGAUCUCAUCCGAGGUUGAAAGAUUCAUUGAUGUGUCGCAAAUGUCCUCCAUUGACAUCGCAAGACUCAUCAACUCGAUGCGCGUGCAUGUCCUCUUCAACCUCAAUGGCUACACAAAGGGAGCUCGAAACGAGAUCUUCGCCUUCCAACCAUCUCCUGUUCAGGUCUCGUACAUGGGCUUCUGCGGCACGAUGGGAGCAUCUUUCAUUCAGUACCUUGUGACGGAUCCUAUCGUGAGCCCGUUGGCGCUCGAGAGUCUCUACACCGAGAAGCUCGUGCACAUGCCGCACUCUUACUUCGUCAACGAUCACAAGCAGAGCUCCUUGGAGGUCCUCGACCCCAGCACAUGGCCCAGCAGAGCGCAAUACGGCAUUCCUGAGGACAAGAUCGUCCUGUGCAACUUCAACCAGUUGUACAAGAUCGACCCCCUGAUCCUCGACGUCUGGUGUCGCAUCCUCCAUAAACUACCCGAGACAGUGCUGUGGCUGCUCCGCUUUCCCCAUGCAGGAGAGGCAGGCAUCAGGAGGGAGGCUCGAGCCCGAGGCAUCGCAGACGAUCGCAUCAUCUUCACCGACGUGGCGAACAAGAGCGAGCACAUCAGACGUGGGGUAUGCGCAGACCUCUUCCUUGACUCGUAUCAGUGCAACGCGCACACGACUGGGUGCGACAUCCUGUGGUCAGGGACGCCAAUCGUGACGACUCCGCAAGAGAAGAUGUCCUGCAGGGUCGCAGCCUCCCUCGUGAAUGCCUUGGGCUGUAAGGAGUUGAUUACCGACAGUCUGGAG